AAUAUCUUCAAUUUUGGGUUAACUAGCUACAUUUCCUAGGUAGUGGUAUGAGAAACAGAUGGAUCACAAAAGCGACGAUAAAGCGUUUUAAGCCUUACUGGAAAGUAUUCGUAGUCAUAGCUGUGCUCACAGUCUUCUUAGCAGUUGUUACCGUAAUUGAGAACAUAUUCUUUCUGUCAAAAGCACUCAAUCAGAACCCGCUUCUGUUAUUUCUACCGUACCCUCUAUCGUGGAUACUCAUCAUAGCAGCGUGCAUAUUUGGACUUUUAGCCUUCCUUCUUCAUGCGACACGCUCUAAAAACGUCAAGCCUUUCUCCAUAAAGAAGGCCUCGCAUAACCCGAAAAUUUUUCGUAUAACCUAAUUUUGAUUUUCACUUUCAGAACUCUGUACCUAGUUGAACUUCCGUUCCGAUAUUUUCAAUAAAAUUUUUUGUUCGCGUUACCUCAC